AUGUCACCUGAGACUAAUCUUUCAUUCAACCAGAUCCUGAGUACUCCACAUGUACCACCCGCCGGUCACUUCUCGGAGAACGUGAAGCUACACCAGCACCAGCACCAGCACCGGCCACUAAUCCCUGCGGAUGCUACAACGACUGCACCUUCUACGGUUGUGGUGACGAUGUUGCGCCAGAGGACUGUUUCUGUACCAAGGAAUGCGGUCAGUAAUCACACUCCACCAGGUCUUAUUGAGGCUUCAUACUAA